CUGGAUUAGUACCCACCAUGUUUUAUGUGCUUGUUAUAACUUGGUGUGAGCAUCUGAAUGUCAACGCAGUUAUACUGAAACUUUCAUCUUCUCAGAUCCAAGGAAACACAUUGGGAUCAUUAUAAGAAUGGAUUCAAUGGAAAUCUAUGACGACAUAAAUGUAAAUGAAAAGAGUCUCUCAUUGAAAGGCCUCAUCACCUCAGAGUAUUCCCAAAGAAGAGCACAGCCAUCCAGAUGUGCUACUGUGUGUCUUGGGUUACUGUGUGCUAUCCUGUUGGCUGCUAAUAUGGGACAGAUUAUCUACUAUGAGAUAAUCACCCGUCCUGCGAUGGCAAACUCAAUGCAGGGAAAUUACAGUGUUCUGACUCAAGAGAAGGACCAGCUCCAAACUGAUAACAGCAACCUGACCACAGAGAGAGACCGACUGCAGAGCAAUUAUGAUUCUUUAACUGCAGAAGAAAAAGAGUUAGAGGCCAGACUUAGUAACCUGACUAAAGACAGGGACCAGUUGCAGACCAGUUAUGAUUCUCUGGCUAAAGAGAGAGAACAGCUUCUCACCAAUAAGACAUCUCUAACUAUUGAAAGAGAUGAGCUCAAGGCCAGUUUCAACAAUGUGAAAAAUGAGAGAGACCAGAUACAAGCAAGUUACAACACCUUAAAACAAAGCAGUGAACAAUUAAACACAAGCUAUGAUGCAAUUCAGAGGAAUCAUGAGGAUCUGCAGACCAAAUACGAUAAUCUGACAUCAAAUAAAGACCAGCUAGAGACCAAUUACAGUAUCCUGCAAAAAGAAAAAGAUGCAUUAAAGACCUCUUUGAGUACACUGACAGCAAACAGAGAUCAUUUACAGAGCAACUUAUCUUUAGUGAAUAGAUCCAUGGACCAGUUGCAGACCAGUUAUAAUUCUUUGGCUAAAGAGAGAGAAGAGCUUUUAACCAGUAAAGCAGCUUUGACUUCUGAAAGAGGUCAGCUCAAAGCUCGUUUCAACAAUCUGAAAAACGAGAGGGACCAGUUGCAGAGUAAUUACUCUUCACUGGAGAUGGAAAAGGACCAGUUGGAAAGAAACUACAGUACACUCAGUUUAAAGAGCACUCUACUUGAGAUCAGCUACAGUUCAUUAUGGAAAGACAAAAACCAAUUGCAAAGCAGUUAUAAUACUCUACAGAGGGAAAAGGUUCAAUUACAGACCAAUUAUAGCAUCUUGGCAACAGGUAGAGAUCAGCUUCAGAAGGAUAUUGACAAGAUGACUCUCAAACUAAGAGCAAGCAUGGUCUGUCAGUCAGGCUGGAGGAAGUUUGACACCAGCUGUUACUUUAUUUCAAGCCUGAAGAAAAACUGGGCUGAAAGCAGACGAUACUGCAAGACCUUGGGAGCAGAUCUGGUUGUCAUAGACAGCAGGAGUGAACAGGCAUUCAUCAGUGGGCUACUGAAACCAGACCAAAAUGCCUGGAUUGGUCUGACUGAUAGUCAAACAGAGGGGACCUGGAUGUGGGUGGACGGGACCCCAAUCACCACAACGUAUUGGCAACGUGGGCAACCCAACAACUCCAUGAAUCAGGACUGUGGAGAAAUUGUGUACAAAACUGGAGAAAUGGGAGAAUGGAACGAUGACGGCUGUUUUGCUGGUCAGACGUUUAUCUGUGAGAAAUAAGAUCACAAUGAUUUAAGGAUGGACUGUGGUUCUAAAGUCUAUCUUCAAAGAAAAAGUCUGAUGAUAUUCAAUAUUUUUCUUAUUGAAUUGACCCUAUUUACAAGUAUCGUCUGGUUUUAAGCAUGCUGCAAACCUUUUCAUGUGCUUUUAGACGCUUUAUUACUGAAGGUGUAUGAAACCCAUGAAACUCAUAGUCAUAUAUUCUGUCAUUGUGUGAUUUAUGGGUGAAAUUAUAGUGAAAAUAAAGUAUUCCUCUAUCAAGGACUCCUGGGCGGUCCCUGGACCCCACUUUGAGAACCACUGAUUUAGCCAAUUGUGAAUAUUAGAGGUCUUAUCCUUCAAUACUGUUAAAUGGUUAGUUCACCCAAAACACAUAGUGCAUACCUCCAGUUGUAUACAGCCAUGCAGAUCGUUUUGGAUUUAUGUACACAGGUGGGAUUUCUGCCUCCACUCCAACAUGAUGAAGAAGAACUACAUUUGUAUUAAUGGUGUCAGUAUUGAAGCAUGGCAAGUGUGUUUCCAAAAUCAAUGUCCCUGUUAUUCUGGCUAAUAUUCACAGAAAGAUUUGUUCAAGUUUUAAUUUCUCUUCUCUGUCUUCUUUGACAGAAAACAGCUGACAGUAUGUUUUGUGUAUUUUGUUUUAGAUUAUUCAGAUUAACAGAGACUUUUUUGUGCCCAUAUUUAUCUUAUUUUUUGAGUGACCUAACCCUUUAAUAGUUACAAUACAUGGCAGGAAAAGUAUCCAUGAGCAGUGCAGCCAUUCCUCUUUUUUAUAAGGUUACAUUAAAAUGAUUGCUUUUUUUUUUUAGUUUGCAACAAGAAAUGUAGUUAUUUAUUGUUUUUUGCUUUUGUGAUUUCUGAAAAAUAAACAUUGAUGUACAUUGUUGAUAUUUUUAAAUGAGCAGAUGAUUAGUGUUUAUAAAAAUAGAUUUUACUGCCUGUUUUGAUCCUCUUUUUUCCUCUUGGAAUAGAUAUGUAUACAAAUUUCCAUCUGUGUGAUUAAUUAAUAAGCAUGAAAAUGAAUGUAUACUACAAAUAAUGCAUGUCACAAAACACAUCAGUGUAAGAUUAGCAUAUUCUAUUAAUUAUUUACUAUACUCUGUAUUGAUUACAUGAUUCUGGUGAAAUGUUCUUCCUGGCAUAGACUCAUUUCCAUCUCUUUUUUUUCCUAAGGAAAUUUUAUGUUUGUGUUUGAGGUGUGUGUGUAAUUAGCUGGCAUGGUCUAAUUAAUUAUUUAUUGAGGGAAACAUUAUUUUUCUUCCAUGGGGACUUAAAUGGCAACUUAGGAAUUCAGUCAUAACAACUGACAAAGAUUUCUCAUAUAAUAUUGAAAUAAAAGCAUUAUGAAUGUGUA